AUGUGCGACACCAGAAGCAGGCCAUUUAGAGGCGGUCUGCAAUUGUCAGCAGAGCGUGGGUUAACCUUUCGGCUGCAGGAGACAGCAGCAGUGGCAGCAGCAGCAGGAGGAGGAGGUGGUGGUGGUGGUGGUGGAGAGGAGGGAAGGAAGGGGGGGCUGGCCAUCUGCAUGAUCGAGCAGACGAUGGAAGUCUCAAACGAGGCGCACAACGUCAAAAGUGCCCCGACGCCGAGAAGAGGAGGACGUGGCAUCAGCUCCGGCGCCGGCGGCACGAUGAACGGGAAAGCUCUGGGGCCCUGGCUAGUGGCCGUUUUCGACGUGGCUCGGGCCGCGCAUGGCGGCGACACCCUACACACACUAUCUCCGGAUCGCACGAACGAAACACGAUCCCGAUCUCCGCGCAGCGACCAGUUCCGCAGCUUUUAA